AUGCCGCUUGGAGGCGCUGGGGUUUCUGCGCGCGGCGCAAACACGGGCCAUAAUGCGAGAAGAGGCCUGGAAAGCGAAGAGGGUGGGGCAGACUCUGUAGCUGGAGCAGAAUCGUUGCAUGUAUCACAACAGAACGUGUCCUGGGACCCCCGUGCUGAAGAUAUUGCGACAUUCGUGCAGCGCGCUAUCGAGAGUUUCAAAGAGGACCAGACACGAAGGAUCGAGCGAGACGUUGUCACGCCAAUACAGCAGGCUCUGACAAUCCACCAAGCCGAGGAACACAAGCGAGCAGAGCUUGACUGGCAAACACGUGCAGAAGACUUGCAAAAUGAGUACGCGGAAGAAAUCAGGAAGCGAAGCGUGCGCCACACCGAGUAUGUUGGUCUCUUGAGGAAUCGAAUAAAGGAGUUGGAAGCCGCUCAUACUCCUCGACACACGCAGAAGCAGCCCAUUCUUCCGAACCUUAUGCUCGGACGGAAGCGACAAGCGGACCCAUCUUUUGCAGAGCCGCCACUCAGUCGGACGAGAACCGACCAAGCUCAUAGUGAUUUCUAUCAUGACCGCGCAGUUGCUGUGAGCGAUCUAGGCGGGACAGACCACUUGUUCACUGCUCGGCACCAGUCAUCGAAUGUAACAUCACGAGCUCAUCAGAUCAUAUCUAGGGAAUCCCGCAAUCACAGGAGCGAACUCGGUAUCCGAAAAGACCACGAUAUCACCGAUCUAUCAGCAACCCCAGCCUCGAGCGUCAGUGAACGUAGUCACCAGCUUGAUGCUGAGGAUCGCCGCGACCAGGAUCAGAGUACAGAUUUCGAAAUCGAAGAAGGCAAGGACGACGAGAGUUAUCAAAACAGUAAUAAAGCCACAAAUGAGAUAGGGUCAAGAUCCGAAUCCGCCGGACACCAGGGGCACGACCAAUCGAGGCCGCAGGCACUAGCUGCAGACGGGACGAGCUUGAGGCGAAGCAGACGUAAUAAGGACGCUCACCUGUCGCCAAGCCAGGCUGAGGUUCCAGCCCAACGGUCAACGACAUCUAGGUUGCCAAUACCACCUGGAGCUAUGAUGGGGCUUCCAGGGCUCCCGAUAAAAGUCCUGGCACUAGAUGGUACUGGAAAGUACAAAUGGCGGACAGAAGAUACACCUAAGGAGCUCAGCGAGGAGCUAGAGAAGGCACUGCUUCGCUUUAUCGGCGAGUAUGAGAGGAGGACUCGAAAUUUUCGGCGCUGGCUGAAGAAUCCAAGGGACUGUGCGUUGACAUUCACUAUCACAACCGGGAGGUCUGUUUCCAUAUUUCCUCAAGAGCUUGUGGCAUGCACCGAAUGCACCGGGGGCCGAAGGCCUUGUGUGAUAAUCUUGACCGACGACCAGGGCGAGCAGCAGUUGGGAUUUCUGCGUGCCCAUGAUGGCCUGAGAAACGGAACCGUGGAUGAUGUAGCCUUCUACAUGCCAACGCGGAAUGACUGA